GUAGAGCUCCACGGCUUCCUCCUUAUAUCAGCUCUGCCCUCCUCUCACUUAUUUCUCCUAUCCAAACCACCAUUUCUCAUCAAUUUUCAUGGAGGAAGUAGAUGAAUCAGAAGCCAGUUGGUUUGAUGGGUCAGUAGAGGAGCUCAUCCAUGAGCUCCUUGACGACGAGUCCCCCCUCUUCGUCCCACCUGAGGUCCCAGAAUCUCAAGAAGCUGCUUCUCAAAAAUCUGUCAUUAACAAGCUCAUCUCAUCUGUCUACUCUGGCCCUACAAUUCGAGACAUCCAGAGUGCGCUGUCCAUGAGCUUUCAACAUGGUCGCAGUGGUUCUCAAGCUGUGAUUUCGUUCCCAGAGGGAGGGUCAGGUAAAAUGGAGAGUAAGUAUACACUGAGGAUCAAGAGCUGUGGGAAUGGACUUGCAGAUGAUGGCUAUAAGUGGAGGAAGUAUGGUCAGAAAUCUAUCAAGAACAACCCAAACCCAAGGAGUUACUACAGGUGCUCCAACCCUCGCUGCAACGCCAAGAAGCAAGUAGAGAGAUCCAUAGAAGAUCCAGAGAUGCUGAUCAUCACCUACGAAGGCCUCCACCUCCACUAUGCCUACUCCCAUUUCUUGUUUCCCCAACGACAAGGCAACUCUGCAACGAGUCUUCCUGCGCCCAAGAAACCCAAGGUCCAACAGGCACAAGAUCUUGAGAACCCAAAGGUGAGACCUACAAAGCCGGAAGCAUCAACCACGACGCAGCAGCAGCAGCAGCAGCAGCUUGUGAUUACUGGUGAGAAGAGCUCUCAAGGAAGGCUCCUUGGAGAUGCUCCACCCAGCCGAGUACUCAGAGAAGAAGGGAUACCAGCCGACGACAAUGCGCAGUGCCCACAAGGGCUGCUGGAAGACAUCGUGCCCUUGCUGGUUAGGAAUCCCUGCAACUCUACCACCUCAGCAUAUGAUCCUCAGACUUCCUCUCAGGCAACUUCUCUUCACUACCCGUCAUCCCACUCUUGGCCUCCCGACUCAGCUCAUCUUGACGUAGGUAUACUUUCUAACAUGAUUUGAGAGCGACAACUUGGUGGAAGGAUUACCAUUGCAGCUGUAUCUUGGCAAUGUCGGGCCCAGUUCUUCUCUUACACACUGUGCAGGGAACGCCAACAUGAAAGAAAUUAGGUUGCGAAGUAAUGUACACUGAAUGCGGGAGUUGUUGGUCGGCCUCUUGUUAUGCAUAUGCAUGGUCGAUACCAGCACGCUUGGCAUGGGGAUCUCCAAUUUGACCUUCAUGAUUUAUACAAAGUAAGAUGAGCAAUUGCACCGUUUUAUUGUUUCUUUCUAAUGACUUCUUAAGAUUUUCAACGAAAAAGAACCAAAUACAUCAAUCUCCACUUAGAAAAAAUGACGCUCUAAUUAAGA